AUGGAGAACGACAACUGCAAUCACGAAGAUAAUUUGAGAACAACAAUACAAUUAUUUAAAGAUCAGGACCAGGAACAACGUGAUAUUAUUGCGGAGGUUAAACGUAAGAUUUUAUGGGACAAAGCGUGGAGCACACCCCCCUCAUGUUCCUCUUAUACGUCUCAAUUGUUUGUAAUCUCCCAGGCAAAAAGAACGAUGCCUGUACCUCCAAAUGCUCCUAUCAAACCGAAGAAACUGUUCUCGAAAGAGGGUUUGAAACCUAAAAGGCUUUGCUUUAUAGACGAAGAGAUGGAUGAAACAGCAGACGAAAACUCUUCUGAAAAAAGUGUAGAUUUCUUUAAAAUGUUCAAACAGAAAAAAAAAAGUUCAAAGCAACAGAAAGAAUCAGGAAGAUUAGUUCGCAAUAACUUAAAUACCAUGUUGCAAAGUAUGCGACUUGAAAAUAAGGAAAAUAGACAAGAAGAUGUACAGGAACGAUAUGAAAAGAAAGCGAGAAAUAAUCGUUCUGUCGCAAAAGAACGUGCGAGAAAUAAUAAUUCUUCCCAAUCAUCAGAAUUAAAAUGCAGUCCAAAAGAUAAAACUAUUGCUUCUUGUCUCAUACCGGAAGUACCAAUAACAGAGGAAAUCGAAGAAGAUUUAAUAAAAAAUAAAUAUAAUAGCGGAAGUCUUGUAUGGGGUCACGUGAAUGGUUGUCCAUGGUGGCCCGCAAUCGUAGACGAUUGCCCUGAGACUUUACGAUUUUAUGAAUUAAAGAAUGAAUCAUCAGAAGUCCCUGUAAAAUAUCAUGUGACAUUCUUUAAAGAUGAUAUUCAACAUGCUUGGCUUAGGUCUAACAGUAUCAAAGCUUUUACAAAAUGUAGAAAGAGCAUUAUUAUGAAAAAGAAUAGAUAUUAUAAUAUAAACGACAAGAAAUCGCUAGAAGAAGCUUAUACUUUAGCACAAAGCGCAAUUCCAUUAUCGAUACUCGAAAGGUUGCAAAGAUUUAGUUAUAUUUCACGCUUGAAGAAUAAGCGAGAAUCUGCAAAUCUAUCAGACGAGGAAGAUAAUGAAAUUUUCCCUACACCACCUAAGAAACGUUUUACAAUAAAGGAGUUUUAUUCGAAAAAUAUAUAUUAA